UUCGACCUGUCAGCCACGUCACCGGCUUCAACUUUUUCAUGACGUUACAGACGGGAUAACAGAUAGUAAAGUCCUUUGCAGAAAUUGUGGACUCUAGGAUUACUUGUUUUUUUUUUUACCAGACAAACGAGAUAAAUAGCUAUUCUACUGAGUUUUAUAUUUUUUUUAUCGUUUUAGCAAUCGUAGCCUUUAGGUAGGUUAUCAGCUUAUUCAGGAGAGUAACUUGACCUGAAGAGUCGGAGUCGCUAGAUUUUUUUACUUGCAAACUUUGAGAAUUUAUUCUUCUCUUUUGUAAACAAUUAUCUCCAACGUUUUGAUUUUGAACGAGUAGCCUAAACAUGAACAUUUUUCGUCUAGCUGGUGACGUGUCGCAUCUUGUUGCUAUUAUUAUUCUGUUUACAAAGAUAUGGAGAUCCCGAUCGUGUGCUGGGAUCUCGGGAAAGUCCCAGGUGCUGUUUGCUCUGGUGUUUACAACCAGGUACCUGGACCUGAUCACCACCUUCAUCUCUGCCUACAAUACAGUCAUGAAGGUGGUGUUCCUGGGGCUCGCCUACGCCACAGUCUACCUGAUCUACGUCCGCUUCAGGAACACCUUCGACUCAGAGAACGACUCGUUCCGCGUUGAGUUCCUGUUGGUUCCUGUGGCUGGCCUGUCCUUCCUGGAGAACUAUGCUUUCGCUCCAUUAGAGAUCUUGUGGACCUUCUCCAUCUAUCUGGAGUCGGUGGCCAUCUUGCCACAGCUGUUCAUGAUCACCAACACCGGGGAGGCGGAGUCUAUCACCACCCACUACCUGUUCUUCCUGGGUCUGUACCGCACGCUCUACCUGGCCAACUGGGUGUGGCGCUAUCACACCGAGGGCUUCUUUGACCAGAUCGCCGUGGUGUCCGGUGUGGUGCAGACCAUCUUUUACUGCGACUUCUUCUAUCUCUACUUCACCAGGGUGUUAAGAGGAAGCAAGAGCAUGAGCCUGCCCAUGCCGGUGUGAGCCCCUUCCUGCCUCCACCCUCUGCAACUGUGCCUCCACCCUCUACAGCCUCUGUUCCCCUCCUGACGGUCCUUCCUCAUCCAGCCCCGUUCAUCCACCACCUGGAGGACUCGCAGAGCAAUGUGUACGACCCAAAGGGAUAUACGUGUCUAAGAACGGUACAGUGUGUGUCUGUGUGUGCAUGCUGAACGGUACAGUGUGUGUCUGUGUGUGCAUGCUGAACGGUACAGUGUGUGUCUGUGUGUGCAUGGGAAAGUGUGGGUUAAGUCUGUCAAUGUGUACUUCUCCUGUAAGAGAACUGACCAAAGGACUUUGUCGUUAUGUCUUGGUUCAUGUGUGUUGAAUGUUUUGUCAGAUCUGAGUAAUAAAGAAUCUGUUUGGUGUUUGCUUCUCCUCUUUCUUGGUGUAGAUUUUUCUACUUGAUUGUCAAAUGCAGUUGGUAUUUUUAAAUUUCUCGCUUUCAUGACAAGUAUGCUUUUUUAAGUCAUGAUAUAAAUAAAAAUGAUAUCGGUUUCGUAUCUGUGUGCUAAUGUUUCACUCUUCUUUUUGCCAUCUGGCUACUGUGAACCCUUUUCUAACCUGCCUUCAACCUCUCUCGGCAAAACCUCCAAUAUUCAUUCCUGUUCAGUAAGUUCUGAAUUAGUUCUCGGAGUGAAAUGGGGCUUGGAACUUCAGGUGAUGUCACAGAGGAAACUAAAGAUAUUGGAACUUUUAUUAAGGAAAUCAGAGUGGCAUCACCAAGACUUAUGUUAUUUGGUUUUAUAGAACGUCUUCAUGUAAUAUCAUAUGGUCAUAAUAUUUAAUAGCACAAAUGGUAAUGUAUGAAUAUGCAAGUUGUGUCAAUAAAACUCUCCUUUGUUUGUCA